AUUGAUAAGAUACCACACCGUCAAAUAGUGUAACGGUAGGUGAGCACAGUCGUUGGGUAACCGGGAACAGUCAGACAGUGAAGUGAGUGCAUUAUGGAGAUCAAAUUGCUGAUUUUAUUUGUUAUAGGCUGUGUAUCAGCACAGAGCUAUAAGGUUUGCAUUCCAUCCUCGUCGUCGAACGUGUGCCAAAGCCUCGAGAGGGAUGGAAGCCAGGCAGUAUGCGAACGUAUCGAGACAAGAAUCGAUUGCGCACUCAGACUUGCACGUGGGCAAGCAGACAUUGGCUACUUCUCAGAGGAAGAAGUGCUUCUCCUGGCGCAACAGCAGCCCAACGAUAACAGAAUCGUGGCCACUGUCAGAGAUGUUAGUAGAAUGGAGCCCUACGCGUUUGAAGCAGUAGCGGUGGUUCCCAACUCUCACAACGGGGGCCUUGAAGGUCUCAGAGGGGGCAAGUACUGCCACCCUGGCCUCGACCAAGUCGACUUGCGCUGGUCCCCACGUGUGCUGAAAACCUUGGAGCAGGAGGCGGCGCGUACGGACCGCUGCCCUACCAACGAGGUUGCCGGCAGAACCGCCGAAGACCUGGAGGUGGAAACCCUUAGCACGUUCUUCUCAGCCGCCUGCAGGCCCGGCAUGUGGAGCACCAACUCCUCCGUGGACCUAGAUUUGAAGUCCAAGAACCCCUCGCUCUGCUCUCUCUGCGGCGUGUCGGCGUCCUGCUCCGGCUACUCCAUAGACAUGGGCAUCAACAUCGCCGGCGUGCGCAACGAGAACCGCCACAUCCAGGCGCUGGAGUGCAUGCGCGUCAACAACAACGACAGCACGCCCGUCGUCGCCUACGCCGCCUGGUUGCACGUCAGAGAAUUCUUUAAUCUCCGCAACCCUCAAGACGCGGGCUCGUACUCGCUGCUGUGCCCCAACGGGACCCUGUCGCCGCUCAAUGCUGACGCUCUGAACAGAGCCACCGCGCCGUGCUCCUUCGUCAAACAACCCUGGGGCGCCAUCGUCGCUUCCACGUCCUCGGCACCUGCAGUGCUGAACAGCCUCCGCACGUGGUGGCCGAACGGCGCUGACCCUGGCAGCAGCUCGUGGCAGUCAGUACUGUUCGGAGCGGUCGCCGGUGGUGCCAACGCGCGCGUCGUGUUCGAAGACGCACCCAUCUCGCCUGCCAACUACACUGGAAACAUCCGUCCGAUGCCAAACGUGGAGUCUGUGGUGGGAUGCCUGCCGGCGCGGCGCUGGUGCACGCGCUCGGCGGCCGAGCAGAGCAAGUGCUCCUGGAUUCGCAGCGCUGCGCAUUCGCUAGGCCUGCAGCCCAGCCUCGCCUGCCUCCAGCGAGCCAGCGUCUUCGAGUGCCUUGAGGACAUCAAGAACGAACGCGCUGACUUCAUAUCCGCGCCUUCCAACUACGGAUAUAUCGCUAGAUCGAAUUACAACCUGGCACCAGUGAAGAUGGUGCAGAACGGCCGCGCGGCGCAGUCCAGGAUCGCCGCCUUCGUCAAGGAGGCUGCCGCGCAGGAGAACAUCACCAGGUUCGAGAACUUGAGAGACAAGAACGCCUGCUUCCCUGAGUUCGGAGGUCUUGCGUACGUGGCGUUCAUCCGCGUGGCGCACGAGCGCAGCGUGAUCAGCCGUUCGCAGUGCGACUACGCGCAGGCGGCGGGAGAGUUCUUCGGCGGCGCGUGCGCACCCGGAGCCGUCGACGCCUCGCACGCCAUCAACCCCGGAACGAGCUUCAACGCGUCCGUACUCUGCUCCACUUGCAGGCUAGCAAACGGCAAUGUUUCUGAUUUUACUUGCGCCUGGGACUACUCCAACCGUUUCUACGGUAACAACGGUUCGCUGGCGUGUCUCGCUGAUCCGCGCAGCGACUUCGCCGUGCUCAACUUGAACAACAUCGGAUCACACCUGUCGUCGGUGGGUCUCCAGGCCAACCAGCUCCGAGCCCUGUGCUCCAACAACACGCUCGCCGCCACGCCCGGAGUCACCGUCGACGACAACUGCCUGCUCGCUAACGUGGUCGACGCGGAGGUCCUCGCCAGGAGGGGCGACCCGUUAUACAACGCUUUGAAUGCGUUCUUCGACUCGUUAGACCUGUACUUCGGAUACAACGCGGCUACAGGAACCCAGCUCAUCAACUUCGAGAUCUUCUCGUCAUUCGACGGCAUCAGCGAUUUGCUGUUCAAAGAUUCUACCAUCGGAUUGACUGAGCCAUCUAUAGAGUCUUCGCAUCUGCCAGCGAGGAACUAUAUGGAGUUGUUCGCACACCUGGACGCUUGCAACCGCGCGCCAGGUGUUCCCGACUUCGCCAACCGCAUCACUUUCCCUCUCCUAACCACCAUAGUGAUGGCCUUACUAGCUCAAAUUAUUCAUUAAUCGAUUGUGUGGUUGCGGAUGCGUGACAUCCCUAUUGCGUUUGACAGUUUUGUGAUUUUUUUAGUUUGAGUCUGUGGAAGUUUUUGUGACAGCCCUGUAUUUCUGCGAGAAACAUCACGCAAUGUAAAACAUGUUAUUUUAUGGAAUUUACGUAUUUAAGAAUAGUUUGGGAGUAUUUUUUUAUAUAUUGCAGACAAUUUUUGACAGAAAAUAUUUAUAAAUAUAUGAAAAACUUACCAACUCAUAUUAUUAGAUGAGUCAGUGUAUUUAUUAUCACAACAGUAAGUUAUAUGUUUGUACGUAUAAGAAUGUAUUCUUGUAUUUUUUAGCUAUCAAGGCGACUGGCAAUAGAUAUAAAGACAGACAAAGAAUUUAAUUAUAAUAUAAUUUCACAGCCAUCGCAGUAACCCAACGUAUUUAGAUAAAUAAUUUGUGCCUUAGGUUAACGGUUAGAGUUAGUGCUUUAAAAUUAUUUUUAUUCUUUGUAAUUUUAUUUGAAUUAAAUUGUUUUGUAAUAAGUGU